AUGAAACUUUUAAGUACGUUCUAUAACCACUGCAUAAUUAGUGUGAUACUGUCGACCGGUAAAUAGCAAAUUGUAUUUAUAUUAGCGUUCACAUCAACUUCUAAAUAUUUCCGAGUUUAUUGUGAUGAUCAAUUAGUAUGAUUAAUAAAAUAAUAUGACAGUAAUAUUGCAGUUGAAAUCGAAGCAAAAAUAACUUAUUUCCAAUCUUAUCAAACGAAAAACAUGCAUCUUUUCCAGAUUAACAAAAAACUUAUACUUCUCAAAAUUCACUAUUUUCUUUCAUUGGCUGGAUUAACUCCAUUACUCGGUUUCUUGUCCACAAUAUUGAGACAACGGGGUUAUUCGUCAGUCAUCGUCGGUUUGAUCUUUACAUUUCUCCCACUUCCGGGCUUAUUGAUAAGGCCGAUUGUUGGAGGUAUAACAGAUAAAUACAAAUGCCGCAAGUUUGUGUUUAUUUUGAUUAUGAUAAUCAUGAGUCUGUUAUCAAUUGUCUUGAUAUUUAUACCGGGCACGGCCUCCAAAACACAAAUGGAUGACGAUUAUGUGAUCACGUUACCGAUGUUUUGGUUAUUUUUCAUGACAGUGACCUUAUUCCAUACAGGAAUUAUUGCCAAAACUUUAAUGGAGGAUACUAUCUGCAUGGAUUUUUUGGGAGAUGAGAAACAUAAAUAUGGCCAACAGAGAGCAUGGGGAUCAAUUGGUCGUGGCUUCAUUGCCAUUAUAUCCGGUGUGAGUGUAGACUGGUUCAGCAAAGGACAAGAUUACAAAAACUAUACACCUAUUUACGUAAUUUCAUUGAUAUGUAAUCUCUUAAAUAUAUAUGUGGCAACAAAGAUUGAAGUUGUAGAAAAUAUUGAAAGACAAGUUAUAGCAUCUAAUGUCAAAAAAUUAUUCUCUAAAAUAAGUGUCCUAGCAUAUUUUUUAUGGGUUGUUUUGUUUGGAGUGCUUUGUCCUUUUAUUUGGUAUUAUGUGUAUAUGUAUAUGGAAGAGAUAGCAGACAUUUACCACCCGGAAACGAAACCAUACAUAAAGACGAUUCAAGGGGUGGCGCUUUCAAUUCAAUGUUUCGGGGGUGAAUUCCCGUUUUUCUUUCUAUCCAGUUAUGUCAUCAAACACAUUGGCCACAUGAAUUCAUUCUCUUUGAUGUUUGUUGGGUUCGCCGUUAGAUUCUUCCUGUAUUCGAUUAUAACGAAUCCCGUUUGGGUUUUACCAGUUGAAAUGCUCAAUGGCGUGACUUAUGCAUUGGCGUACUCGGCUGCCGCUUCGUACGCUGCACAAAUAGCACCCCCCGGUGCCGAGGGAACGCUCCAAGCUCUCCUUGGGACAGCUCUAAUGGGAUUUGGAGUGCCAAUGGGGAGUUUUUUGGGUGGUUUCAUGUUUGAUCGUUUCGGAUUUAUCGUUUCGUUCAAGAUUUUAAGCGGUGCUGUGUUAGCGAUAUGCGUUAUUCAAAUCACUGUAAAUCAAUUGAUAAAUCGAUUUUCAAAGAACGAGAAUGUCAAUGAAGAAGAUGAAUCCUAUACCGGGAAUACAACAUCUGAUAGUAAUGGUAUCUUAUAAAUGUCGUUUUAAUACUUAUUUAAAAUAAUUGUGUAUCUUAAAUAACCGCGGACAUUUCUUAAGAAUGUAAAUAUUGUUAUUAAUUAUUAGUAAGUACUAAGUACUUAAACAUUGAUAAUAGUUAUAUUUUGUUAUAUAAUGUUAAGUUAUACAUUUUAAAUCAGCUUUGAAGGAUAAGUUAAACAUUGAAAUGUACAAAACGGUAGUGAAAUUAUGUUUACAUCUUCAAAGUAACACUUAUUAGAUGCACGACGUAAAUACUCGAUCUGACUCAAUGUUUCAACUAAAGUGACAUCUAUGACCACAUUAUAGACUAUAGUCAAUGCAGUCAUCAGAUAAGUGACUUGUCAACUUAUUGUAGGUCGCCAAUGGUCAAACAUGGUAAUCUCUGAGUGUGCAAAUUUUUCGGCUUUUUCUUCGUUUUUUGAAAUUGUAAUUUUGUUUUGUUACUUACUUUAUUGUAAUUAAAUUUAAGAGUAAACAUGUUUACUAUUAUUAUAUGUUAUACAUAUAUGUAAGCAAUUUACUAUCUUCUUUGCAAUAUAUCUCAUUAUAAUUAUUAAUUAUUAUAAAAAAUAAAACAAAAAAAAUUUUAUUUGUCAACAAAU